AAGCUCCUUCUCCAAUUCUUUUGUUUAAUUCCUGGUGCUCAGUUAGGUGGGGCUGUUCACCUUCCUUUUGUCAGGAUUCUUUUACAAGUCCCUUUAGUCCCACAGGGACAGGGCUGACAAAAAUAUACACAACCAAGAAUAAAUCCACCCUACAUAACCACUACAUACAAGAAAUAAACGUAAUCAAUCUCUCUUUCUUUUUCAUCUUAACUAAUUGAUUUCUUCUCUCUUCAAGUCUCACAAGUCUCUCCAGACUUCAACUUUCUUUGAGUCUUUUGCUGUCACAAAUGAAGACAAUCAUGGCCAAAACCCCUCAUGACUCUUCUUUCUCAUUCUCCAGGAGAUACUUCAACUGGAGAAAGAAAGUUGAAGAUGAAGAUGAUAUGGAAGAAAUCUUAACCAACUCCCGUGAGGAGGAAAAAGAAGAGGAGCUUACAAUAUCAGUUCCCACUCAAAUAACGGAGCUGCCAGCUCGGAGGAAGAAGUUCCCAGUUGCUGCAGUUUCUAAGCUCCGAUCAGCACUUACUAUAUUUGGUAAGAGCCGGUCGUCUUAUCAUUCAGGUUUAGGCAGUCGAGUAAUAGUUACCCUUUUCGGGUAUCGACGUGGUCAUGUUCAUUUUGCAUUUCAAGAAGAUGCCAAGCUAAAUCCAGCCUUCUUGAUAGAACUCGCAACACCAACAAGUGUUUUGGUCCGAGAAAUGGCUUCAGGACUUGUCAGGAUCGCCCUGGAGUGUGAAAAGAAAACCGAAAAGAAAGGUGUAAAGCUGCUAGAGGAGCCUCUCUGGAGGACUUAUUGCAAUGGCAAGAAAUGUGGGUACGCAAUGAAACGUGAAUGUGGGCCUGAAGAAUGGAAGAUUUUGAAAGCUGUGGAACCAAUUUCAAUGGGUGCUGGUGUGUUGCCAGCAGGAGAGGGGAAUGGAGGCGGGUCCGAAGGUGAACUCAUGUACAUGAGAGCCAGGUUUGAGAGGGUUGUGGGUUCUAAAGAUUCAGAGGCCUUUUACAUGAUGAAUCCUGAUUGUAGUGGAGGUCCUGAACUCAGUGUGUACUUGCUUAGGGUUUAGCUGUGAUCAAGCCAAUUGAAAAAAAAAAUGGAGAAUUAAUGUAUACUCCAUGGAUUUUGCAGUCUUUGUAUUGGGAAUGGGGCAGGCUUUACCACUUUGUAAGUUAGUAAUAUGCAUGCUUAAGCUUUAAUGAUCUCUAGGUACUGCGGUUCAAAUGCAUGAGAUCUUUAUUAGAAUGGGUUAUGGGUAUAUCCAUGUAUAGCUAUUCUCUUUUUUGGAAGUUUGGGAGCAAGAGAUUCUUUUCCUUUCCGAAUUUUCCCUUUCUUUUUUUUUUUUUUUUUUUUGCUGGAAUCACAUAUUUCAUAUAAAUCCCCUGCUUUUUUGUUGAAGACUUUACAAAUAUAUGUAUCCCGGAUGACA